AUAAUUUUAGCAAUUUAUUCAGCCUGUUUCGUAAUUUAAUUAAAUUAAUGUUCAGCCUGUUUCGUAAUUUAAUUAUAUUAAUGUUGUAAAUUAGUGUUAAAUCGUAAAGGAGGUAAUGACAUGGUUAAGAGGUUAAAUUGUCUAAGAGGUUAUCUCUGUGUUGGUUGGUUUAGUAGGUACGGUCUGCGUGCGGUAUAGUGUUCUGUGGCGGUGUGCGGGGUCACCUUCAGGCGAGUUUUGUAAUCGUAACUGAUUUAGUUCGAACCGCGCUCACGCUCUACUGUCUUGUUAUCAUUAGAGUCUAAUUACGAGCAGGUUUGAAUUUACGACAUUCAGUAUGAGCGGUGAACCUCAAGCAAAGCGAACAAAAAUGAGUGCUCUGGACCAGCUGAAACAGUAUUCCACGGUGGUGGCGGACACCGGCGAUUUUGAAGCUAUGAAAGCAUACAAGCCAACUGAUGCCACCACCAAUCCCAGCCUUAUUCUAUCAGCGGCGGGCAUGGAGCAGUAUCAACAUCUGUUGGACAAAGCCAUCAAGUAUGGCAAAGAUAAUGGCAGUACAGUGGAAGAGCAAAUGGCAGAGACAUUGGACAUGCUGAGUGUUCUAUUUGGUUGUGAAAUUCUCAAAAUUAUCCCAGGAAGAGUUUCUUGCGAAGUUGAUGCCAGAUUAUCUUUCGACAAGGAGGCAAGCAUAGCUAAGGCUACUAAACUGAUAAACUUGUUUGCGGAACAUGGAAUAAAAAAAGAGAGAAUUCUCAUCAAACUGGCUUCAACUUGGGAGGGAAUCCAGGCUGCAAAAGAACUGGAAAAAAAACAUGGUAUCCACUGUAAUUUGACUCUACUGUUUUCCUUAUACCAAGCAAUUGCGUGCGCUGAAGCCAACGUAACGCUCAUUUCGCCGUUUGUGGGAAGAAUUUUGGACUGGUACGUAGAACACACCAAAAAAACUUACGAAGGCAAAGACGACCCGGGCGUGCUGUCAGUAACCCGAGUGUACAACUACUACAAGAAAUUCGGAUACAAGACGCAAGUUAUGGGCGCAUCAUUCCGUAACACGGGCGAGAUUCGCGAACUGGCUGGGUGUGACUUACUCACUAUAAGCCCUAAAUUACUCGAUGAAUUGUCGAAGAGUGACCAAGCUCUGAACAAGGUCCUCGACUCCAAAGUAGCAGCACAAAGUGACAUCGAAAAAAUUACUCUAACCGAGGCUCAAUUCCGCUGGCAUAUGAACGAAGACCAAAUGGCGACCGACAAACUCUCCGACGGUAUUCGCAAAUUCGCUGCUGACACCAGAAAGCUGGAGUCUCUUAUCAAGACCCUACUAGCUAAAAAGUGAAUGUAGCUUUACUGGUUUAUGUACUAGCAGUUAUAAAUCGAAAACAUUCUCCUUAUUCGCAUAAGAAUAUUUUUUUUUGUAAUUUCACUUUACGUUGUAAAUAUUAGCCUGACUUAUGAUAGUUUUCUGGGUUUCCAAUAUACACAGUGUUUUUUUAUGAGUCAGUAUGGGGAAAUCCAAAACCAUACAAUAUAAUAAAGGAAACUGUCUUAGGCACCAUUAAGUCUUUUUUUGUGAAAACAAUUCAUAGUCAAAAUACUAUGUAUACACCCCUAUUAGUGGUUUACUAAGUAUGUAGCAUAUAUGAUAUGUUGCUAAUGGGGAACGAUUUUAAUAAUACGUAGGGACUGCUAGUGCAUAAUAGUAUGCCGGAGAAAAUAUUCCUGGCAAAAAUACUUCUAAGGCAACAGUGAAACUGUUAUUUUUGUAUUAAAGUAUAAGGUGAUUUUUUAUAUGAAAUAUGUCGUACGAAUGGGCAUACCAAAAUAAAUCUGUUAUUGUGGAAACAUACAGUAAUCGUAUUUUGCCUACUGUAAUAAACAUGAGAACUGUAAACUCGUCUGUUUUUAUACAACUUAUAAAGUUUAAGAAAAGUUAUACAUUAUAAAUACAUUAUUGUUAUAAACUAUAACUUAUAGUUUAUAGGGAUUCUGAAAUGAUUACCUAAUCGAUUGUGCCUCACAAAUUCCCUGUACCUUUCUGUGGUUAGCUCAAGUAUAGUAGAUAUUUUCUACGACUUAUUCUGCUACAUAUUUCUACUUUACUAAAUCAAUUUAAACUUAUUUGAGAGUACAAAAGAUAAGAAAAUUAUUUAUGGGAUCACACAAAUUUUUACAUUCCAUAUUUUGAUUUUGAUAUUAAUAUUAUACAGUAAGGUGUGUGAUUUUGAUAUUAAAUAAAAAAAGGUUCUCAUUUUUU